GCCCCUUCUCAGUCACUCCCAAGAUGGCGGACCUACUGGGCUCCAUCCUGAGCUCCAUGGAGAAGCCACCCAGCCUCGGGGACCAGGAGUCUCGGCGCAAGGCCCGAGAGCAGGCUGCCCGCCUGAAGAAGCUUCAGGAACAAGAAAAACAACAGAAAGUGGAGUUUCGGAAAAGGAUGGAGAAAGAGGUGUCUGAUUUCAUCCAAGACAGCCGGCAGAUCAAGAAAAAGUUUCAGCCGAUGAACAAGAUCGAGAGGAGCAUCCUACACGAUGUGGUGGAGGUGGCUGGCCUGACGUCCUUCUCCUUCGGGGAAGAUGAUGAGUGUCGCUACGUCAUGAUCUUCAAGAAGGUGAAAGGCCCGAGCUCUGCGCUCCCCUGUCUCGUCUUCGGCCUGUGCCCACCCCCCCCCUCCGGGGGAGAGGCCUGGGGUGCCUGUGGACCCUUGACCCCGGCAUUCCCCUGUCCCCAGGAGUUCGCGCCCUCAGAUGAAGAGCUGGAGUCCUACCGUCGCGGCGAGGAGUGGGACCCCCAGAAAGCCGAGGAGAAGCGCAAGCUGAAGGAGCUGGCCCAGCGGCAGGAGGAGGAGGCAGCCCAGCAGGGCCCCGUGGUGGUGAGCCCCGCCAGCGACUACAAAGACAAGUACAGCCACCUCAUCGGCAAGGGGGCGGCCAAGGACGCGGCCCACAUGCUACAGGCCAACAAGACCUAUGGCUGUGUGCCCGUGGCCAACAAGAGGGACACGCGCUCCAUCGAAGAGGCCAUGAACGAGAUCCGGGCCAAGAAGCGGCUGCGGCAGAGCGGGGAAGAGCUGCCACCGACGUCCUAGGCGCCCCAGCAACCGGGGCGGGCCGGGGACAGGGGGACAGGCUGCUGCUAUUAGGACCCAUCCUGGAGCCCCACCUCCGCACCGCCUCCCGUCCGCGGGCACCGGGCCGGGGAGGCGGGUAUGUGACUUGUCACUGUCCGAGCUCGGACCCUCGAGUGGUGUGUGUGCGCUUGCGCGUGAGUGUGCGAGUGUGAAUGCACAGGUGGGUAUUUAACGUGUAUUAUUCUCCUUUCUCCUCGGAAUUUUCUUCCCCACGGGGGCUGGGAUUACUUUACACUCAGUAAACACUGUUUGACCCAA